AUGGGCAAGCACUUGAUGAAGGUCAGAGGGUAUAAUGAAACAAAAGACGAGGACAAUAGUCUGAGUCGAAAUAAACAUUCGUUGGAUGAUGCUGGCAUGUUGCUCCCGGGCAAAGAUGUAGGGAUAAAAACUGCUCUCACUUAUUUCCCUUUCUAUUUUCUCUCUCCUUCUUUCUUUUCUUUCUUUCAUACUCUCUUUCUUUAUUUCCUUCUCUUUUUCUCUUACUCCCUCUCGUUCUUUCACUUUCUUUUCAUUCUCCCGUUCUCUUUCUUUCUUUCUUUUUCCUUUUUCUUUUUCGUUCUGUUAUUGUCUUCUUUUCUCUUUGUCGUUCUCUUUCUUUUUUCUUUCCAUUCUCUUUUUUCUUCCGUUUUUUUUUCCUUUCUCACAAGUUCCCCAUUAUUGUUUCUCCCUCUCCCUCUAUCAUACUCUUUUAUUUUAGGCUUCCGUACUUUUUCCGUAUUUUUAUACAUUGCAUGUGAUUUUCUCUCUCCUCCCUUUUCGUCUUACUUCACUCUCAAUACCUGUCUUUCUCUUUAUUAUUUUCCUGUUAAACCCUUCACUUUCCCGUUGUUUCUUUUUCUCUCUUAUAUAUUAAAUCUAUCUAUCUAUCUAUCUAUCUAUCUAUCUAUCUAUCUAUCUAUCUAUCUAUCUAACAGAAGUGUAUCUUUGUCGGCACAGAAUAGAAUGGCAAAAGCACGUGGUGAAAAUAUGAUGUUGCAUAUAAAGGCCAAAGUGCUUGCGUAUCUUUAA